UGAAAUGUCACUACUCCACAUCAACCGAUAAACAUGGGUGAAAGACUAACGGAAGUAUUUAUGCAAUUAUUCAGUGAGAAAAACUCCGACGGAACGAGAAACUUGGUUUUAAAAGGGAAAGACUUGUGGCAAAGAAUACACACACGUUUGCAUUGCCAAGAUAUGUUCAAAAUUUCCUCAUUUCUCCAAAAUAAUAAGAUCAUUGUAAAGUUAGAUCUUUGCUACAACGAAAUUGGUGACAAAGGUGUUGAACUACUUGUGGAUCAUUAUUUGUCAAAUGAAGGCAAUACGUUAGCUCACUUGAAUCUUGGUUCGUGUGGGAUUAGUCAUAAAGCCGUGGAAUCAUUGCUAACAGCUUCGUCUACAUUAAAAUUAAAAUCGCUAAGGUUAAAUGGAAACAAAUUAGGGUUUAAGGGAGGAGUUAUUGUAUCCCAGUUACUAGGAGCAAGUACAACGUUGCUUCAUUUGGACGUUGGUGAAACAGAUCAAACUUUGGCAACAGUACAAUACUUCAUGCAAGUAAUGCGUGAUGAUAUAGGGACCAUCAACAAGUUACGCAUUUUUGAUUUCUCCCGUUUGGUUCCAAUGUCCAAACACUAUCAGUAUGAUCCCUCUCAUUUAGCCGAAUCUGUAGGAGAAAUGCUUAAGGUUAACCCUUAUUUAUCAGAAAUUCAUUUACAAAAAAAUGGAAUCGAUGGCCACGAUAUUGAAUUGCUGCUAUUGGGUGUGAAAUUAAAUAAAACCCUAAAGUUUUUGGACUUGGGGUUUAACAACAUAGGGGAUCAUGGUAUAGAGUUGAUUGCAAGGUGGCUUUCGAAAAGACCGCCGUUACUUGCUUUAAAUGUUGCUGGAAAUGGAAUCGGUGAUACUGGCGCAAGAGCUUUAAGCUUUGGAAUGCCAUUUUCAAAACUUCGAAUGCUAGACAUUACCAAUAAUCGUAUUAAAAAUGGUGGAAUUAUCGACAUUUUAAACAGUCUAAAGAAGCCUUACGUGAUGAGAUAUCUCUUUAUCUGGGGAAACGACUUUGAUCAUAAAACACUUGUGAUAAUAGAACGAAUGCUUCUAUCGACUGUAUUAGUUCAAGAACAGAUUGAUGUGAAACUCUACACCGUUGAUGACGUUAUAUACGCAGCGUACUACCCUAGUAAUCAUUACAAGCACAGAUACUACUGCGUGAUGGAUCACGGGUGUCCUGUUGAACUAAAGAUAAAAAGAAACAGAAUGGAGUCACGCAAGGACCUGCCGCAUGCAAAGUUGAAUCUCCACUAUUAUGACAGAUAUCCCCCUGUAAACCCCGUGCUACCCCCUGAUAAACGCAAUUGUGUAUGCCAAACAUGA